CUGCCUCCUUAAAGUGAUGUGCUUCUUCUUUUAACGUUGAUCAAUUCCACACUAACAGACAACCUUGUCCGAAUUUUGGAGAUACCAAAAUGGCAAAGAAAACUACAGCAUUGUUGACAAAUUUGCGUCAGUUGAUGAAAAGUAAACAAUAUGUGACCGAACCACUUCAUGCAUAUAUUAUUCCUUCAGCUGAUGCCCAUCAAAGUGAAUAUGUAGCUAGCUGUGAUACUAGAAGAGCAUUUAUAUCUGGUUUUGAUGGAUCAGCAGGCACCGCCAUUGUAACGGCCAAGGAUGCAGCAAUGUGGACUGACAGUCGCUACUUCCUGCAAGCUUCUAGUCAAAUGGAUCAGAACUGGGAAUUGAUGAAACAAGGACAACCUGGUACACUGUCCCAAGAAGAAUGGUUGGUUAAGGUGUUACCAAAAGAAGCUGUUAUUGGAGUUGACCCUCAUCUGUUGUCACUUGAGCAAUGGAAAACUAUUCAUAAACAUCUGAAGACAGCUGGUCAGUCUCUUGUGGCGGUUGAGCAAAAUUUAAUUGAUCUGACCUGGGCUGAUGAAAGACCACAACCUCCCGAUAACAUCGUAUGUGUGCAUGAAAUGAAAUACGCAGGUAAAUCUUGGCAAGACAAAGUUGUAGCUGUCCGCGAGCAGAUGCAAGAAAAGGGUGCAGAUUAUUUAGUUGUCACUGCAUUGGACGAGAUAGCAUGGCUGUUUAAUCUCCGUGGUUCUGAUGUGCAGUUCAACCCUGUCUUCUACUCGUAUGCAGUAAUCAGUAAAGAUUCUGUCAAUCUUUUUAUUGAUGAAGCUAAAAUCGACAAUGCUGUUCGAAAACAUCUGAAUAGCAAUGAGGCAAGCAAUGGCGAUGACUCUGCUCUCCGAGUAACGAUUCAUCCAUAUGGUGCAUUAGGUAGUUUCUUUGGGAAUAUCUAUGUACAGACGACAGAACCGAAAACAUGGAAAAGACGAAUUAUUCAGCCGUCUCCAUUGAGCCUAGCAAAGGCUAUUAAGAAUGAUGUAGAAAUUGAAGGCAUGAGGCAGUCCCAUAUACGUGAUGCUGUAGCACUGUGUGAACUCUUUAUGUGGCUUGAAAAUGAGGUUCCUAAAGGUAAAAUUACAGAAAUUACUGCAGUGGAUAAAGCAGAGCAACUUCGAAGUCAACAAGCUGACUAUGUCAGUUUGAGCUUUGCUACCAUCUCCAGCAUUGGAUCAAAUGGUGCUAUCAUACACUACAAACCAACAGAAGAAUCAGAUACAUUGAUUAACUGUAACGAGGUGUAUCUCUGUGAUUCUGGUGCACAAUACAAAGAUGGCACUACCGAUACCACAAGAACUAUGCAUUUUGGUACUCCGAGUCAACAUGAAAAGGAAUGUUACACAAGGGUUUUAAAGGGACACAUAGCACUUUCUUCUGCAGUCUUUCCAGUCGGAACCAAAGGUUUUCAAUUGGAUACACUAGCACGUGAAUAUCUAUGGCAAGGUGGUUUGGAUUAUGGGCAUGGUACAGGCCAUGGUGUUGGUUCUCAUCUCAAUGUACAUGAGGGUCCAUGUAGUAUUGGUUACAGACCCACAGCUAAUGAUGUACCACUAGCUGCUGGCAUGUUCCUCUCAGAUGAACCUGGUUAUUACGAAGAUGGUGCGUUUGGUUUACGAGUAGAAAAUGUUGUUCUAGUAAAAAAGGCAGAAUUCAAGCAGAAAGAGUUUCUGAACUUUGAACCAGUCACCUUAGUACCAAUUCAACAAAAAAUGAUAGACCCAUCACUUCUAACUGAAAAAGAGGUUUAA